AUGUUCCGCAUCUCAUUCACUUCCCUCGCCGGGGGCCUUAUGCGCAAGGCGGGAAGGUCAGCGAAAGGAAUGAGUGUAGUGGAUCCCUCUGCUGUUGAAUCGCUUAGUGAAAUGGAUAGUGCGGAUAUCAUAAAACCGUCCAGCAGUGGUAGUCGCAAAGGCCGGCGGAGUCGGCGAGCGGGUACAGAGGCGGGCGAGGAAGGGAAAGGGGAAUCCGCUUUUGCCGAAUCCACCGGGUUUGUUCCCGUAGACAACGCUUCCAUGGGCAUUGUUGGUUAUAAGGGAAAACAUAGUGAGGCAAAAGUACUGGAGUUAGCGGAGCGCAUGCAGCGACGGGACAUCACAGGUGAGGUGCCAGUUGCAUCAUUCGCAUAUGAAAUACUGAAAUCACAUCCGUCGGUGCGACAAAUGGGGUUGCGGGAACGUAUGUCUUUUCUGUGUGACCGUUGGGAGCGGCUGAGCGACAGGCAGCGGAAGGCAUACUUAGACAACCCACUGAAAGGUCUGUUGUAG